AAUGCUUAGAUGUGAUACCUGGCCAUUGUAUUUCUGGCUUUCAGAGUCAAUAAUAACUAGUUUUAUAACAGAGCAAAAUUUGAGUUUAUAUGUUAAAAAAAGGAUCUAAUCUAAUUUAACGCAUCCUUAGAGGUUUAUAGCCUAUAGGCCUGUAUAUAUAUAUUGCCGUGUGUGUAUUUUUUUUCUCUCUAUUUUUUUUUAAUAGGGAAGAAAAAGAGGGCUUCACUAAAAAGCGUGCAUGUAACUGAUUUUAGUGAGGUUUGUUUGUUUACGUCUUUCUAAACAAACAUUGUCAAAGCAAAUAUUCGCUACAUGACAAGCAGUGGACAAACAAGAUGCAGUUGCCGCGAGCUUUUUCCAAGUUUACUUGGAAGGAAAGGGGCGGGGAAGGGAUUGAGCACACGUACAGCGGCAUUCCUGACAGAGAGAGGGGUCGCGGGACGCUUUAUGAUUUUUCCAAAAAUCCGCUGUCACCGUCUCGCGGCCGCUUCUCGCCGUUCGCCUCACGUGCUUGUAUAGAGGCAGUGCUGCUUCCUUCCAAGUUUCGGACACACAUUGAAACAUCCGGAGUUUGCUCGUCGCUGGUAGUGGGAGUAGUCAGUCUGUCUACCCAGGAGCAAGAUCCACAGCGAACAUGUACAAAUAUGUACAGUAUGGAUUUUAGGAGGACGAAGCUCGGCAGGUUUAUGAACAACCGAGUCCCAUCUAGCAAGAGAUACCAGCCAACUGAGUAUGAGCAUGCAGCCAACUGUGCCACCCAUGGAUUUUGGAUCAUCCCCAGUAUCCUGGGCAGCUCAGUGUUGUACUUCCUCUCUGAUGACCAGUGGGAGACCAUCUCUGCAUGGAUGUAUGGGACAGGUCUGUCUGGGCUGUUCAUCAUGUCAACCAUGUUUCAUACAGUGUCUUGGAAGAAAAGUCAUCUCAGAAAGGUGGAGCAGCGAUUCCACAUGUGUGACAGAAUGGUGAUAUAUUUCUUCAUAGCUGCAUCUUAUGCACCCUGGCUGAACCUGAGGGAACUAGGACCCUGGGCUGUGCACAUGCGCUGGUUGGUGUGGAUAAUGGCCUGUGCUGGCUCUGCCUAUGUGUUCUUCUUUCAUGAGAAGAACAAGAUACUAGACUUACUGUGCUACACUGCCAUGGGAGCUGUUCCUGCAGUUGUUCUUCUGUCAAUGCCUAACAGAGAGGGCAUAUUAGAGCUGUCAGUGGGAGGAGUCUUCUACUGCCUGGGAAUUGUCUUCUUCAAGAGUGAUGGCCUCAUCCCAUUCGCUCAUGCCAUCUGGCACGUCUUUGUGGCAGUGGGCGCAGGCAUACACUAUUACGCCAUCUGGAGGUACUUGUAUGCACCCGGGACCGGCCAAAUCAAAAUAUCCAGGUGACAGAUGCAGAAGAUCUAGAGUGUGUUCACACAUACAGGGUUUGUUGAGCUAUAAAAGACAAUGUAUUUGAUCAUGAGCUGCCUUCGCAUCCCUCUAUAUUAAUCAUAGAUGGGUAUGUUUUAGUACUGUUGAUCUAAAAUGUAUUUUUAUAUAGGAUUUCUGUCCUGAUAACUCAGCACCUUCUGGCCAGUCUAUUUUUGCAGAUGUAGUCUUAACCUGUUGACAUAAUGUACUGUUUCAACCGUCAAUGUUUACAGGAAAAAUGCGUAUAAUGCAGAAGACACAAAUAACAUUCCUCAUCCUUUAACUGAGCUAUCUGCUGCCUUGAUAUGAACUCCCAUAAUCAUGUGCUUAUGAUAGUAAUUUAUUGACACUGAGGAGAAUGCUGAAGUAUUUCUACUACUGUGAUCUUGUAGUAACAUUUAUGUGGAAAAAUGUUAGAAAUGACUUUCUAAUUUGCACAAUGGAUCAUGACGGAUCAUUUCUAUGGUGUUUAGGUGGAAAGCAAGCAGGGAUGAGAUGAAAUGUUUGGAAUUACUUUGUGUUUUCAAAAAGAAGUGUCUUAUGCAGUAAAACUGUAUUAUUAUUAAGUAUUAUUACAAGUUUGAAAAACUAUUUUCUAAUUGAAUAUAUUUUAAAAUGUAAUUUAUUCCUGUGAUGCAAAGCUGAAUAUUCAGCAUCAUUACUCCAGUCUUCAGUGGCAUAUGAUCCUUCAAAAAUCAUUGUAAUAUGCUGAUUUACUGCUCAAUUAUUACUGGUGCUCAAUUAACAAUAUUGGUUAUUAUUAUAUAAAUGUUUUAGACAUUGUUUUUCUUUCCCUCCUCAAAUAUGAAAACAGCACAGCUGUCAAUAUUGGUCAUAAUAAGAAUAUGUCAUAAUAAUGUUUCUUGAGCACCAAAUCAGCACAAAAUUAUCCAGAUGAAAUUAAAAAUUAGCCAUUUUAUUCAUUAUUGGGAACAAGCAAUGCACAGAAGCUCACAUGGAAAAUACACGAUGAAUUAUGUGCAUCUUUUAAGUAAAACUCAAUAAAACUUACCUCAAGGUCUAAUAAAAAUAUAAACCAUGAUGAAAUUCUUGCAAGUAAAAUGUCUGUUUUACCUAUUGACACAUUUAGCUGGAAAGCUCAGAUAUGAAAAAGUAUGUUUUUUAAGCACUGUGACUUUGAAUGUAAAACAGGUUUUUACUCAUUUUGUCAUAAUGUUGCAUUAAUAUGUCAGUAAGCACCUGAGGCAUUUGUAUUGUGUCAAUUUUGAGUUACUUUGUACUAUUAGUUUCAUAGACUUUUAAUCAAAAGUACACAAACUCAAUCUAAACUGUAUUUUAACAGUUUUGACACUAAUCAUCAAACCUAGACACAUAGAAUGUUUAAUUUCAAGAAAUGUGUCUUUAACAAACAUUUCAAUAAAUCAAGGAAUAUGAACCAUA